AUGCCAAAGAAGAAAGACAAAAGCAGCGGAGAGAAAACGGACGAAAGCAGAAAAGCAAAGAAGAAAGAAAGUUCGUCGACUCUGGCAGAGAAAGCCCAGUCUGAGGACAGAGGGACGGAGUUUUACCUGACGCAGAUCAGACACCUGGAGCAGCAGCUGGAGCGAUAUCAGCACAAAUGUGACGAGCUGGAGGUGCAGAGGAGGGACUUUGACUCCCGGUACGACACGCUGCAGAGGGACAAGAGGGACGUGGUGGAGUAUCUGAAGCGCUCGGUGGCGCAGAAGGAGGACGAGCUGGACGAGCUGUCGGAGCGGCUGCAGGCCCUGCAGAGUGCCACCCGGCAGGAGAGGGAGUCACUGCAGCUGCAGCUGAGCCAGGCAGGACAGCAGCUGCAGGACAGAACCGACCAACUGUCCGCCGAGAACAUGAAGCUCGCGGGGAAGCUGGCUGACCUGGAGGAGUUUCGGGAGCAGAAGGAGCGGCUGCUGUCGGAGCUGGCGUCUCUGGAGAAGCAGCUGGCCAAUCAGAAGGAGGAGCACAGCGCCGCCGUCCUGAGCCUGGAGAGGAACGCGCUGCUGGAGAACGACAGGCUGAAGAAGGAGAUGCACAGCCACGUGGCGGCCAUGGCGGCAGAGCUGCGGGACAUGACGGAGAAGCGGAUGCCGCAGACGACCGUGCGGGCGAUCCGGGAGAACGCGGCGGUGCGUUCGCGGCUCAGCCAGCUGUCGGAGCAGAUCCACGUCCUGCUGCAGGAGAACGAGGCGCUGCGGGGCCGAGAGAGGCAGCUCCGCCUCGACGUGUCCGUCCUGGAGCCGCUGCUCGACCAGCUGACCGCCAAGAGCCGCAGCCACCAGAAGGUGGCCGAGCAGCUGACAGAAAAGUGCCAGCAGCUGCAGGCGGAGCUGGCGAAGGACCGAAGCUCCGCCCAGCAGGAACGCCAGCAGCUUCAAACCGAGCGCACCACCCUGCUGGCUGAGCUGGACGCACUCAGACGGGAUCACGCCGCAGCGCUGGAGGAGAGCCGCGGAAACGGAGCGGAGGCUGAUCGCCGGGGGGCGGAGCUACAGGAGGAGAGGAGGAAGAGGAGCCGGCUGGAGCGCACGGUGCAGGAGGCGGCCUUCGCUCUCAACCAGGCUCUGACGGACGCUCCAGCAGAGGACGAGUCGCGGGAGGACGCUGCCGUCCGGUGGAAGCAGACGGUGCAGAAGCUGCUGGGUGUUCUGGACGGCGCCGCCCUGCUGGACACAAACAGCGAGCGACUGCCAGAGAGGCAGAGCUGCAGCUCCACAGCAGCCAGAGCAGGAGCCCUGCAGGAUCCAGUCCUGAGGUCCCAGGUCGAGCUGCCCCGCUACAGACCGGGCGACCUGCCGACUCUGAGAGACAUCAUCGCCCCGACCAAGACGGGACGUCCCACCAGCCGCACCCGCCGGCUUCUCCACAGUAAACCGUCCAGCCAGAGGACAGCCGGCUGCCCCGACCCGUCUGCCCCGGCUCGCCCCGCACCAAACCCCUCCACCAAGCCCUGAGGACGGACCAGCACCUGCCUGUUCUGCA